UUAAAGUGCGAAUGUAUAUCGCGUGUUCACGAGACGAAUUGUUGUUAGGUGAUCGAUGACCAGAAAACGCGUUUAACAGUCUUCGUACUCUCUUAUCUCCGAUGAAAGCAGCCUUCUAUACCAGUGCGUAUAAAGGUUGCUUCUGAACGGAAGGAACGAUUCGCUGUGCUUCCAUCCGCAAGACAUUUUUUACUUUCUGUUUUCCUUGAGAGAAGUAAUUCUAUAACCUGUCAUCGCUCGAUCUACAAAAAUGAAGCUGAUUUAUGCUAUUCUCAUCGCUCUGGUCUGUAUCGGCGGCACUUUUGGAAUGGAGAAAAAGCAAGAAUCUAGGCUCAAAUGCUCACUUCGAAGUUCUAAUGUUACAAAUUCAUGGAUAGACAUAGUUACUCCAUGUGUAAAAUCAUUGAAGAAACAAGUCAGUGUAGAAUUUAAUGCUUCCAUGGAGUAUCUUUCAAUGGCUGCUCACUUUGCACGUGACACUGUCAAUCGUCCAGGUUUCAGCAAAUUCUUUUUUGAUAGCGCAAGCGAAGAAAGAGAACAUGGAAUAAAAAUAAUUGAAUAUUUGCUCAUGCGUGGGCAACUUACCAAUGACGUUAGCAAACUUAUUACGUUUCCAAUAAUAACCAACAACACAGAACUAAAUGGAAAGAAAGCUCUCACCGAGGCUUUAAAACUAGAGGCUAAAGUUACACGCAGCAUUCGUGACAUAAUCAAGACUUGUGAAAAUGAGCCUUCUUUCAACGACUACCAUUUGGUUGACUACCUCAUUACCGAUUUCUUGGAUGAACAAUAUAAAGCGCAACGUGAUCUCGCUGGCAAAAUCUCAGUAUUGAGUAAACUGAUGCAAACGCACGGAGCCUUGGGAGAAUUCUUAUUUGAUAAGAAAUUGUUGAAUGGUGAAGUCUAAGCGUUUCGAUAGUUCAGAGUUCUUUCCUACAAAUAUAUGUGUUUAUAAAAAAUAUAAUGGCCAUAUUUAGAAUACAAUAUAUGUGUUAAUUAAAAUUGGUGUAUAUUUGUUUUUCUUUUACGAAGUAUAAUAACUGUUUUUGCUUCAAGGUUAUUUCUAAAUAUGGCCUAUAAUAUGUAUAGAAAUAAAAAAAAGAUGCAAUAUUUGUUAA